AUGGACAUCUCAGCCGAACCACCGCGGUUCCGAAGGUUCAACAACAUCGUCGACCUUGGUGAGCUCAUCGCCGGACGUGAUGCCCGGACCACCAUCAUGCUUCGAAACAUCCCGAACAAGGAUGGCCAACCUCCUUCGGCGCAAGUUGCCGGCGUCUCUCUUUCGGGAGGCCCGGUUGCUUGUUUCGACUCAGGUUGGCCGGAAUUGUUUGGUGACUUGGUGGCACGCCGAAGCGGCUGCGGUGCGCAUAUGCUCCCCCAGACAACUGAGUUCGGCGUCACCGUGGAAGAGGCUCGGGAGUUGCACAAGAGACAGAAAGCGUAUAACGAUGGAAAGCAGACCGCUUCCCAGGACGCCGCCAUCCAGGAUGGUGGCAUCUGGGAUGGCGGCGCUCCUGACAACCGCAUCUAA